AUGGAUCCAAACAAUGAUUUUAAUAUCAACACACCAGUUGACCAUAAUGAACGAGCUUACACGGUUGCGAAGACCAUAUGCUCAAUGGUUGCAUUUGUAACUAAUCGGCGAAAUAACGGUGAUCAACUAGCGAAUUCAUUAACUUUUCUUUCAAGUGGGGUCACCGAUCGCGUCAACAUAUUCUUAAACUAUAUUGGACUGACUUCCUCUAGAAAAACUGCUCACCAUGCCUUGAACCACCUCAGCCGCCAAGCCGAGAAUCGAAUUUCAAGCAAAUUGGCUAAAUCCCCAGCAAAAAAUUUGGCACCCUUUCUGUGUGUCGAUAACCUUGAUUUCAAACAACGAAUACACACCAAAUCUAUGGGACACGCAAGCCAGAUGUUCCACGGGACUUGGGGCUACAUCCAUCACCCCAGCCCCGAACUUAUCGCAUCGGUUCCGGUUUCAGAUCUUACAAUCGAAAGCUACUACCACGCAAUGUCGAAGGCAUCCACCUUCGAUGUUCAUUCCAAAAUGCUCCUACCAACACCCAAAGAAGAAGUUCACUGGGAAAUGGUAUUGAAGAGCCAGAUCACUGAAGCGCUUCUUGGCCAUCUUGCCUCCCCAACUGAAUCAUUUGUCUCGAUUCCCACGAAACCCCCAAUCAUCGAUCAAUUAUCAAAUGAGCGGCCCGACAUCACCAUGCUCAAACUUAUGAUAGCCUCAGAUAAUUCUGCUCAGGGAGCCGGCGAGGUUUUUGAAUCUAUUUCCCAUCAAUCAACACUACCAAUGACUAAAUUCUCCUCUCGGCUUCAAAUCGUCGAUGGAGAUCUUGGUACUUGUACAAAUGUCACCAGUUUACGGACUCAGCGUGUACCAAGCGAUCACAAGGAAGACAGUCUAUCUAAUAUUGCGACCCUUUUAGGGGGGGCACAUACUAUGUGGAAUGUUGCUCAAGCGAUCUACUCGAAACAUUUUGGAGAUAGCUCAGACUCACGUGACUCGGGUGCUUGGCGAUUUCUUGAUAGCCUAGGUAUUCCUUCACACAAGAUGCUUGAAAAGAAAGACUUCACACUUAUGAUAAAAAAUAUCGAGAAGAUUCACAAAGCAACCCUGGUGUAUUGUUUAAUGGUUGUCAUGGGAAACGAAAGUGCUAGUCUGACCGAGGAGCUUACUCCAAUGUCAAGUUCAAGAAUCCAAGAUGUUGUUGAGGAAACCUACUCGCGAUUCUUCUCUGCCCAGGCAAAACUCGAUGCUACUCUUCAACCUUCUCCAAAGCUAUCAAAUCUGAUCCUGCGGCUAGCCGAUUUCGCAACCGUUGUCGAGGGAGACGCUGCAAUGAAAGCAGGCAAUAUCGGCCGUGUUAUGAAUGUUUGGAAGCGAUGGGCUGUCCUUGCCCAGGGAAUCAAGAAAUUAACACAGUACUCAAUUCAACUUCCUCGGAUGAUUUUACUUCUCAAUGAAGUUUUACCUCCCGGACUCGGACAUAUCCUUAAGCAUUCGCUGUUUGUAGCUCCCAGUGGUCGCCAGAAGCAUUUUGUGGCCAAGGAUCAAUUUCUCGAGUCGCAAAAUUACUGGUUGAAACAUUUUUUCAACAACACCGGCCGAGGCACUAAUAUCAAUCGGCUCAAGAAUACUUAUUCACUCAACGUUCCUCUGCUUCAAGAGUUAGUACAUGGCUUGUUAGCUGACUCUGGAAAGAAGACAGUCUACCAAUCACACAAAAAUCGGAUCAACUUGAGAUCGCUCAACAACUGUCUACGAAUGUGCCGCGGAAAAGAUGUAUGCUACACUGCAUCAAAGCUUGACGAACAUGUCCCAAAGAAAGUUGAGGACUUUUACGAUGUAGGAAUACAAAAAAUGAAAAAACUGUUUGUGACUAAAGGAAAACCCCUCAAUAAACUUCGACCACCACCUAUGAAGAUAUGGAGUACCACCAUCGACGAGGAACUAGAAAAAGAAAAUGAUGAUUCAGAUGUCAGUGUGGAUGGCGAUGUUGAACCAGAUGUAACGGACGAUGAGCUUCAAAGCAAUCAAGAAGACGAAAACGAAGAUGAUGAUGAUGAGGUUCAAAGCCAUCAAGAAAGCGAAAAUGAUGAUGACACUGACCAUGAAAAUGAAAGUAGCGAUUGA